GGUAAACUAUUUUUUGCAUUACGCAUAGAAGUUCAUUACAAAACUUAGUGUUCAAAAGGCAAAUCUACAGUUCGUUGUGACAAGGAAAGUACUGUUGUUGGCAGCACAUUCCCAUCUGUUGUAUAUCUAAUUGAAGUGAGCAGGAAAACAUUGCAAACCGAAAGUAAAAUCAACAAUAUUGAACGUUACAUUCGUUUAACUACCCUUGCGUACAACUGGAACUUGCAAAAAAUCUUCAAGACUACGUAAUCAAGUGAAUCAAUCGUUCGUACCAAAUCACGUCAAGAGAAGUGCAUACCAAGAACAGUGUUUUGCUUUGCUGCUUGCAUUACAACGAAGAAUCAAUCAUGUCAGCCAUCAAUCUUUUAAAAGAGUUGCUAAAAGCAUCCGAAAAGGCAGCUAACAUUGCACGUGUGUGUCGGCAAAAUCAACGCCUAUUCAGCUUACUGGUACAGGAAAAAGAAAGAGAUGAAUCGAACUCGCGAUUUGAUCACGAUUUUAAAACACUCGCUGACUGCCUCAUUCAGGAGAUGAUAAAAUAUGACAUUGCAAAGCAGUUUCCAGAAUUACGUGACAACAUCCGAGGGGAAGAAAAUGCAAAAUUUACCAAUACUACGGGUGAGUCUGUAAUAGUGACGGUGACGGACGAUCCGGAAAACACCAUCCAAAUUCUGGAAAAGAUUCUUAACGGUGACAAAGAAGCCGCAUCUGCCCUCGUAGACGAGGUUUAUCGCGAUGUUGAUCUAGAUACAGAAGAUCUAGAAUUGCCUACCGACUCAAUACCGUUAGACAGCAACUGGUCUGAGCUGGGCAUUUGGAUCGAUCCAAUCGAUGGUACGGCUGAAUAUAUUAAGGGCGAAGAAAAGUUAACAAAGUACCCGAACAUCGCUUCGUCUGGCCUAAAAUGUUGCACAGUAUUAAUAGGUGUGUAUGAAACAUGCCAGGGCACACCAAUCCUUGGCGUAAUCAAUCAACCAUUUGCAGACAAAGUUAGUGAUCAAGAUGAGUUUCAGGAAAAAUACAGAGGCAAAAUCUACUGGGGUUUGUCGAUAGGUGACUUAAAAUUCAACAAUAUAGCGCCGCAUGAACCGGAUGCACGUAUUGCAAUUCUUUCUCCGUCCGAGCAGUCAAAGUAUGUUGAUUUUAUUCGAAAUCAAUUAAAAUAUGAUGUUAUCUAUUCAUCCGGAGCAGGAUAUAAGAUACUAAAGAUAGCCACGGGAGAAGCAGAACUGUUUCUCUUAAGCAAAGGCACUACAUACAAGUGGGACACAUGUGCACCCCAAGCAAUUCUUCGUUCGAUGAACGGGGAUUUGUUCAACCUUCAAGACACACUUAUAAACAAAUCGGUCAAGAAAAUCGCUUACCAAGACCGUAAAGUUAUUCGUAAUCUCGGCGGACUUAUUGCCUAUCAGAAUAUCGAUAAACUGCGAGAAUUUCUUAAACUGUAAGCUUCAUUUAAUCACUGACGUGAAGCAAAGCUUUUCGAUAUCAAUUAUUCAAUACAUAGUAUUUCGAAGAACAGAAAUAUAAGAAAUAGAUUCGAAUGGCUGUUAAUCGUUGAUAUAUAGACAUAUGAAUGUUUAAACAAAUUUCGUAGUACUUCGUGUUGUACGUAGAAUGAGAAGCUAACAUAGCUAAAAGUUGUGUUACAAAUAUGGAUCAAAACUCAAGGAACAUUUAGUGAGACUCUAUUCAAUCAAAGGCUGUCUUGUAGAGAAUUUUUCUUGAUUUGAGGAAACGACGCCACAGUUUAAUUCAUAGAAAUCCACUGUUUUAGAUAUCUAUUUUUAUAGAUACUUCGUUAGUAGUUGGUAAAUCAUACGUAUAUAUUCGUGAAAUGUGUGGAACUAUUCAGAAUUGUUCUCAAUGAAAUGUAAACAAGUAUAAUGGUACUAAUAUUUUGUUUCUUUGUAAUUAACUAUGCUUCCAGAUCCCGUCACAUUCCAUUUAGAAUGUUUUACACAAUUGCAUAAUGAUUUCUGCAAAUGUAAUAAAUAACUAUAAGUUUGUACCAAGUAUUACCAGGUAAUAUUAUGUACCAGGUAAUAUUGACAAAAGGCUUAAAACCAUCGAUAAUGAUUAUACAAAUAACAGGGUCAACGUAUAAAUAUUUCAAUCAGAAUUACUGUGUUUGUAGAACGGCAGGAAUGAGAUAUAGCAAAGAAAAAAUCAUUUACGGUAAAUUAAAACAUUGAAAACACAGAAACUAGCAUAGAUCAGAUGUUAUUGGCGUAGAGCGAUAUAUCUAAGAUAACCGCAUGUUAGUUUUAUAGUAGGUUUGAUGUAACAUAAUCGUAUUAGCAUGCAGAAGUAGAAUGUUUAAACAGUUUUCUCAUUUAUCUUUUUUAUCAUUUGAAUUGAAAUGCCGUAUAAAGCUGUUGUUACGAAGGAUUAAAACUAAAGCAUUCAUGUAGAUCGAUUGCAUUCGUUCAAUAGAUGUGCCGUAAAUUAUACAAAAAUAAAUUAACAAUAAAAAUUGAACUAGACCACCGACACGUUCAAUACAA